UAAAAAGGAAAGAAAAAGAACUGGGUAAGAACAGUAGACGGGCUCUGGUAAGUUUUAAAUCGCGCGAGGAAGGUUGCAUCUGACGUCUCCAAAAUGUCUCACAGCAUGUAACGCAAGGAAGUUUUGCUUCUCGUCGAAAACGUGACAACAUAGGAUGUGCAAUGGCAGUUGCUGGUGUUGUGACUGCUGCCAAAGUUGUUUCUUCUGUUGUGAGCAAUGCCUGGUCAUUGUACAGCCAACUGCAGACAGCAAAGAGAAACAAGGAUAGCUUUGAGAAACUUGCGACAGACGUGAAGGAUGUGAUAGACGUGCUGCAGACUGUGACAAACCAGGGUGUAGACGAAGGUGUGGUGAAGAAAGGACUAGAGACGUUUGAACAUGCUUUGAGGUCCGCCGAGACACUCCUGCAAAAAUAUGGCCGCAGCAAUAAGUUCAUGUAUUGUGUGAGGGCGGGAAGUUGGCAAAAUCGUUUUGAGAUGGUGAAUACUCAGCUGAGUAAAGCUAAACAGCAACUUACCCUUUGCCUCCUGGUUGAACAAAGAGGGCAACAUCAGUCGGAUGAGAAGGAUGAAGAAGCCAGAGCUCAUGCAUCUCUACAAAAAGCACUGGGGGAUCACAAGAGCAGUAUGCAGAAGCGGUUUGAAUGCAUAUGUGAAGGACUUGAACAGAGAGGAAGGAAAACUCUGCUUAACAAGAUCUACACACAGCUCUACAUCACUGAAGGAGAGAGUGACGAGGUGAAUAACGAGCAUGAAAUUAUACAGAUGGAUAAGCUGUCCCGAAACACACCUGAGACUCCCAUCGACUGUAAUGACAUUUUCAAGGCUUUACCUGGACAAGGCAGACAUAUCAGGACCGUGAUGACCAAGGGCAUUGCUGGCAUUGGAAAGACGGUGUCCGUGCAUAAGUUCAUUCUCGACUGGGCAGAUGAAAAAGCUAACCAGGAAGUCCACCUACUGCUUUUUCUUCCUUUCAGAGAGCUGAACUUGCUCAAAGAUGACGAGUUCACUCUUCACAAUCUUCUGCUGAAGUUCCACCCAGAACUGGCAGCACUGAGUGGGAUAUGUUACCGUAACUUGCAGGUGGUGUUCAUCUUUGAUGGCAUAGAUGAAAGUAAACUUCCGUUGAACUUCCAGAGCAACAAACUUGUGGGUGAUGUCAUGGAGACCGCAACAUUGGACAUGCUGGUCACCAACCUCAUCAAGGGAAACCUGCUCCGUAGCGCCCGUAUAUGGAUGACCUCGCGCCCUGCAGCCGCUGGUCAAAUCCCCUCUGAAUAUGUUGACCGCAUCACGGAAGUGCGCGGGUUUGAAAAGCAGCAGAAGGAGGACUACUUCAUUAACAGGAUUGAUGAUCAGGAUCGAGCUCAGCAAAUCUUAAGUCACAUUAAGACCAAACGGAGCCUCUACAUCAUGUGCCAUAUCCCAGUUUUCUGUUACAUUGCAGCAACUGUCCUGCAGGAAAUGCUGGGUGAAUAUGACAGUGCGGAAAUCCCCUCAACUCUUACAGAAAUGUACAUUUACUUUCUGAUUAUACAGCUGGACAAGAAAAAACAAAAAUAUGAUGGUGUGAAACCAGAGAGAACGAACAUCCUGGAGGCAAACCGGGAUGCCAUCUUAAAAUUGGCAGAGUUGGCUUUUAAAAAUCUUGAGCAGGGUACAAUCCUGUUUGAAGAGGAUGACCUGAACGAGUGUGGCAUAAACUUGGAAGAAGCGUCUGUGCAUUCCGGUUUCUGUACAGAAAUUCUGAGGGAAGAACCUAAGUUUGCUUUAAGGAAGUUCUACUGCUUUGUGCAUUUGAGCCUUCAGGAGUUCCUGGCUGCUUUAUUUGUUUUUGUCUCUUUCAUGAAUGAGGACAUGGCAGCACUGAAAUCUUUUCUCAAAGUAAAACCCAAAAAGGUUUUUCUCUACCUCUUGCUGAGGAGAGCUGUAGAAAAAUCUCUGCAGAGCAAAAAUGGACACUGGGAUCUUUUCUUGCGCUUCCUUCUGGGCAUCUCGCUCGAGUCCAGUCAGAAACUCCUUGAAGGCCUGCUGACACGCCCAUUAUCAGAGAACAAGAAUGAGAACUCCAAAAGCCUGGAAUUAAUUACCAAACACUUAAAAGGCGUACAUGAAAAAAACAUCUCCCCUGAUCGAUUCAUUAACCUCAUCAACUGCCUUUCUGAAAUGAAGGACCACUCACUGCAGAACGACCUGAGUUUCAUCUCCUACGAGAAACGAGCAGAAGCAGAACUUUCACCAGCCCACUGUUCCGCCUUAGCAGACACCCUUCUGAAAUCAGAGGACGUCUUGGACGAGUUUGAUAUUGACAAAUACAACACAACAGACGACGGACGCCAGAGACUUGUUCCAGUUGUGAAAUGGUGCAGAAAAGCUUGGCUUACAGAUUGCAAUCUGAAGGACUCUUGUGAGAUUAUAGCCUCCGUCUUGCAGUCAGCAUCAUCCCACCUGAGAGAGCUGCACCUGGAUGGUAGCACCAUGCCAGACUCAGGAAUGAAGGCCGUCUUUUGCUCUCUAACAAAUCCAAGCUGUAUGCUGGAGAGACUAAGCCUUGUUUACUGUGCGCGUACUGACAACGACAUGUUUGAACACCUGGGCUCCUCCCUUGUGUCAUUGAGACAAGACUCCCGGCUGGUGGAUCUGGAUCUGAGUUGCUGCCACAAGGACAACAUAAAGGUUUUAACAGCAGGACUGAAGAAUCCUCACUGUAAAGUCAAGAGAUUGAGCCUGAGAAAGUGCCACCUUUCUUCGAGUCACUGUGAGGAUUUGGCCUCCAUUCUCUGCUCCUCAUCCUCCAGCCUGAAGGAGCUGGACCUGAGAGACAACAACCUGCAGCACUCUGGAGAGGAGCUGCUCUACUCUGGACUACAGAGCUCACAGUGCACACUGGAGAUACUGAGACUGUCAGCCUCCAACCUCACCGAGGCAUCCUGGAGGUGUUUGAUGUCAGUCUUCCACAGGGAACUGGACCUGAGUGAGAGCAGGCUGCUGAAGUCAGAGCUGGAGCAGCUGUCGGCAGCACUGAGGAGCCCAGACUGCAGAGUGAACACACUCAGGCUGAAGCAGUGCUUUCUGAAGGAUGAACACUGUAAGGUUUUGGCUUCAGUCCUCAGUUCUGAUGGGUCCCACCUGAAGGAGCUGGACCUGAGUGACAACGACCUGCAGGACUCAGGAGUGGAGUUGCUCUCCUCUGGACUGCAGAGCCCACAGUGCACACUGGAGAUACUGAGGUUGUCUUUCUGUGGCGUGACUGAGAAAGGCUGUGAGUUUCUGGCUUCUGCUCUGAGUGCAAACCCCUCCUACCUAAGAGAGCUGGACCUGAGUUACAAUCACCCAGGAGACACUGGAGUCAAGCUACUCUCUGAGAAAAAUGACUCCAAACUGGAUACACUCAUUGUUGAUCAUGAUGCAGUGUGUUGGCUGAAGUCAGGGCUGAAGAAAUACGCCUGUGAACUUACUCUGGACCCUGACACAGCACACCAUGAGAUUUCUCUCUCUGAGAAUCAGCAGAAGCUGAUAGUUUCUGAACAGAACUACCCCGACCACCCCGACAGGUUUAGGAGCUGUGAACAAGUGCUGUCUGUAGAAAAGCUGACUGGACGCUGCUACUGGGAGGCAGAGUGGAACGGCUUAUCGGUCUACAUCGGAGCAGCAUACAGGAAACAAGGAAUAAAGGAGAGAGACUGUCGUCUGGGACUCAAUGACACAUCCUGGGGCCUACUGUGUCAAGAUGUGGCUACAACUGUCAGGUUAGGCAAGCAGAACUACACUGCCAGCCAUGACCGUAAGGCCUUCCCCAAAGUAUCAACUACAUUUUACUGCAACAGAGUAGGAGUGUUUCUGGACAGGAAGGCCGGCACUCUGUCCUUCUACAGCGUCUCUUCUGACACACUCACCCACUUGCACACGUUCCAGCAUAAAUUCACUGAGGACCUCUAUGCAGGGUUUGGCUUUGUUUUUUCUCUGACAACAUUUAUGGAUCCCAGUUCAGUUACCAUUUCUCUCUGUCAGGUUUAAGAGGUGUUUAACACACACUGCCGCCAUCUACAGGCAGUAUCAAAAACAACAGGCAACAAACUAAAAUAGGUAGUUCCACGAUCAUUAUCCACAUGUAUGGCUAUGUGUGGUACAUGGAUUUUGAGAUACACACAUACACUUUUUUUUUUUUUUUUUUUCAGCUGAUGCAAAAUGAUGAUUUUUACGUUAUCAGAGUUUUUUUUCCAGACAAAACAUACAGAAAUCUCUCGUCUCAGGGGGACAUGAGGGAGGGAAGCAUGGUCAGGCAUAAACAAAAAAAAAAGUUUUGGUUCCUGUUGGUUGUCAGUUGAGGCCAUGGGUCGGUAGAAAAUCACUAUGAACAGAAAGAAGAUUUCCCGUCAUCUUCUUUAUAUAUCCUAGUACUAGACGUCUGAUGUCUAGCUGGGUCUUCUUUCUAUCUGUCUUCUUUCUUUCUAUCUUCUAUAGUUAUGAGUAAAUAGGUUAUGGUUACCAUUUAUGUUAUAAACCUAAUAUUGAGUUCCUGGUUCAUUUAUCUGUAUUAAAUAUUUACCUUUUGA